ACUAUUUAGAUUUGAAUUUUUCUUCCAUUUUGCUAAUUCAACAGCGUUUUCUAACCCACUUUCCGAAAAAUGUUUCAAUAUAUAUACAAAGCAAUAGAGAAAGCCAAGAAAGUCCUAUAUUCUUACUUUUUAUUUCAUGGAAAUUCAAAUAUUCGCCUAACUGUUAUCAGAGUAUCUUAGUCACCGCUCUACCCCUUAAAGUGAAAUGUCGAUGUUUUGAAACCUUUUUUAACGUGUAUUCGUUAAUCUCAUAUAGGAUCUCUCAUCUCGCAAGAGCUCCAUCUUGCAUGCAGAAAGUCGACAUAAUGAUCCACGGAAUCAUACUGUAUUUAACAUUUGAGCCUAAUUAUAGACUCGGCAAAGAAGAUAAGACAUAUUGUAUAUCAAAUUUUAGCAUUGAGAUAAAAUGAGAAUGCUAGUUAAACUAUUCUAAUCAAUUCUCCUCUUCAGGUACUGUUAUAAAUGAUAUUGUUCUCGAAAGUGAUCAUAAACGGCGUCAUUGGUAUUAUAUUGUAUCUGGAAAUGACAAUGGUCUAUUUUCCAUAAAUGAUAAUGGUCAGUUAUUUGUUACAUCACAGUUAAAUAUUUCACUUCAAACAGUAUAUUUUGACCUUACGGUUCUGAUUCAUGAUGGACUUCAAGAAUAUUAUUGUCAAACACAAAUACAAAUAAUAAAAACAAGAACAUGGAAUAAUUUUGUCUGUCCAAAGAAUACGUUUGAAUGGUCAAUAAAUGAAGAAGUACCUUUAGAUACUGUAAUAGGUUCAAUAAUGCCCAAUUUGAUAGAAGCAAAUAAUGUUAGUCGAAAUAAUCACUUGAACAUGAAACAAAUAAAUGAUUUAGCAAUGACACUCAGUGGAAAAGAUUCAUAUCCGUUUAAAAUUGAUCAACAGACAGGUGUCUUAAGUGUAAUUGAUCGCCUAGACUAUGAAACUCAAGCAACUUAUCUAUUUAAUAUUUUACUUAACCCAAGAAACAAUGAACCACUGAUUAAUCUUAAUUGUAAUUUAACUCUUUUAUUACAUUUGUUCAAUAUCAAUGACAAUAUUCCUCAAUUUCAACUUGAUAGUCUUCAAUUGACUGUGAAUGAAAAUAAUCGAUAUCCAUUGUACAUUGGCCGUGUUAAAGCGUCCGAUGCUGAUGAUAAGAAUGAUCAUCAUUUGAAUUAUUACUUAUUAAAUAACACAAAUAGUGAUAUUCUAGUGGAUAAAACAACUGGUUCUAUUAUUCUCUUCAAAACAUAUGACAGAGAGUUAAUUUCCAUUGAACAUUUUCUGAUAAUGGUUCAAGAUAAUAAUAGUAAUGAAAGUCUUAAUUCUACAGGAAUAUUAACAAUUAAUGUUAAUGAUCUUAAUGAUCAACCGCCCAUAUUCGAUAAACAAAUGUAUGAAAUGAAUAUUAGUGAAACAACAAAAUUAGAUUCAGUUGUAUUACAAGUUGUUGCAUCAAGUCGUGAUCCUGUUUCAAAUGGUAACAUUACAUAUUCUAUUAUUAAUAAUAAUAGCAAUAUUUCAUAUUUUAAAAUUGAUUCUAAUACGGGUAUGAUUAAGUUAAUCAAACCGUUGGAUUAUGAACAUGAAAAAUAUAUAUCAUUCAUAGUGGAAGCCAUAGAAGAAAAUAUGUCUCAAAAUAUUCAAAAUACGACACAAACUAUUGUACAUAUUUAUAUUCUUGAUGAAAAUGAUAAUUAUCCUCAUUUUUUCGAACAUUAUGAUUGUGAAUUGAAUGAAAAUUUAUUAUCUCAAAAUAUUUGUACAAUUAAUGCAUUCGAUCAAGAUAAUGGAAAUUAUUUAACAUAUCAUCUUGAAGAUCCAAAUAAUAAUUUUAAUAUUACAUUAAAUGGUACUAUUUAUAAUUUAAAAAUGUUUGAUUAUGAGUUAGAUGAAAUUGAACAAAAUGUAACAGUAAUUGUUAGUGAUAAUGGUCAACCAAUAUCUCAUAAUUCAACGUUCAACAUUACUAUUCACAUUAAAAAUUUAAACGAUAAUUCACCUCAAUUCGAAAAAAAAGCAUUAACGUUAAUCUAUUUCAGUUAUCCAAGUGUAAACACAACAUUGUAUAAUUUUUCGGGUAUGUGUAUGAGUCUAGCUAUUGGAGAGGGUAAAAAUUUACUAUUACUAUUGAUAAAAUGA